AUGUCGAAAGAACUACCGUUCAGUGCGGUGCGAGCUAGGCCUCAUGAUCGCUGGUCCCCUCGCAAUCUGGCAUGGAUUAUAGCUGGCGCUGGCUUGCUAGCUACAAGCUACAACUUUUUUCGACCCUCAUUUUCUCUUGGGAGCCAAAAAAAGCUCUACGCCGGGCAAAGUGUGUGGAAUGACGCGGACAACCCCGCACGCGUGAAAAACUUCCGUCAAUGCGCGAUAGACAAUCUUCUGCAGACAGGACUUCCGUUCAUGGAAAAUGUCAAACCCAUCACCGUCAAGGAUUUUGUAGAGCGACGAGACCGAUUGGCGCGAGCUCUGGUUGCUGAGGGAGCUGAUGCAUUUGUGGUGGAACCUGGGUAUACAUUCAAAUAUUAUGGCAAUGUGAGCCAGCCCGAGUGGGAAGUGUGGGAGCCCGAAGAGCGUCCUUUCCUCAUGGUAGUCCGCCCAUUUCACGACGAGGCCACAGGAGAAGUCAAAGCGAACACCACAUUUCUCUGUCCAUCUUUCGAGGCCGAACGCGCCCGUCUACUUGGAAUGCCCUUCCCUGAAGAAAUAUCAAUUGUUCCGUGGGAGGAGCACUGGGAUCCAUAUGCCAUUCUGCGGCAAUCCGAUGUGUUCUUUGGCCUUCGACGACCCGCACGCCUGAUGGUGGACGAAGAAAUGCGAGACUUCAUCCAGCGCGGGCUGGGAUCUGCCGGAUUUGAGGUAGUCGGUCUACAAGGCCAGGUUGAGGAAGUGCGGCAGAUCAAAACUUCUAGUGAAGUCGACAUUCUGCGCGCUGUCAAUACCGGGACUGUGGAAGCGGUGCGACAGAUGAGAAAAUGCCUGUACCCCGGUUUGACGGAAAAUGAGAUAGCUGCUGCUCUUGACGAUGCUCUCCGAGCGGCUGGAAUGGAUCCCUUCUUCGAUAUUGUGCUCUUCGAUGAAAAUGCUUCCAACCCGCAUGGUGGAACAAAUGGAUCAAAGGUUUUGGAGCCCGAGACCUUGGUUUUGAUCGACGUCGGUGCACAUCUUUACGGAUACUCCUCCGAUAUCUGUCGCACUUUCUUUCCUCCGUUCUUGCAGAAACCCUCCAAGGGUGAUGUGCUUUCCCCGCGCAUGACUGAGAAGCUGAAGGCAAGCCACUCCGUUUGGGAUAUCGUUUUCGAGGCUCAAACUCGCUCAAUUGAACAAAUGCGUGAGAAUGCGACAGCGGCAAGUGUGGAUAUUGCUGCACGCGACAUCAUCAGCCAUGCUGGUUAUGGUGAAGCUUUUACUCAUCGUGUCGGGCACGCUCACGAAAGCCCGUAUCUGAACAAGGGGAAUACCGCGAACUUGUUGAAAACCGGCAUGACUUUCACCUCGGAGCCUGGUAUCUACUUGGUGGAUAAGUUCGGGGUGAGGCAUGAAGAUAUACUUCUUGUUCGGGGAGAUGAAAGUCCCGAGCUCCUGACAGGAAGUCGGGCCCUGGGGCCUUGGGAGCCAUGA